AUGGCGUCAUCUUGGAGGUCCCGGAGAAUCCUAGGUUUAGUACAAACUAAUAAUGAAGAACUCGAGCACGAUGAGACCAGAAUAAACUAUGAUGUGGUAGAUAUUGAAAAUCAGGAAAAUCUAUCUCCAGAGCCGAUGCCGAUAACAACUGAAGUGCCAAAUUCUGAUUUGAAACAGGAUUCGCCUACUGUUACAAAAAUCGUCAGCCUGGUACCUGAUUAUAGCAGUGAUUCAACCCUGAGUGAAAAUGAUAAUAACAAACACGUAAAUAAUAAUACCGAGCAUGCUGAUUACGACUCUUACACUUUGCCGACCUCAGCAAAUACGCAACGUUCUCGAUCUUCCAGCUCAUCGUCCAGCUCUUCGUCUAGUUCAUCUUCAUCUUCAUCAAGUUCUUCAAACUCCAGUGAUACUCCAAAGGUUAGUGAGAAACAACAAAUUAUUCAGCGGAAAGGACUUCGAAAUGAGAACACCGUGCCCAAUUAUAAUAUUUCCCCUAUUUAUUCAGAUGAAAGUGACAUUGAUCUUAGUGACGAUGAUCCCAAUGACUUUAAUGCAAUGCAUAGAGGGCACAUUGGGAGGCAGAACUUUCUUUUUGAAGGACCAACUUCGGAUUCCUCUGACUCCAAUACCGAAAUAAAUAAUAGACGUAGAGGACGUAAGCGGUCACGAAAAGUUGAGAAGUGGCAGCAAGUGCGAUCGAAGCAGCUACGUAAUAGAGGCGAAUCGACAUACACAGAACGAAGCGGAUAG